UUUCAGUGACUGGAAAUGUUUUUUCAUCAAAAUCGUAGAAGACAACAUAAUUAUGGAAUAUAUUUGCUGGCAUACCAACUAUUCAACUCACCAAACAUUCCACCAAUCACUCUAGCUGUUAUAAUAUUUCAAAUGGCGAUUUUUCUAGGUUAUCUUCCUCUCCUUGGCCAGCAUAGAACAGAAGCAAUGUGUCUUCUGCCGUCACGUAUAUUAUAUCGAUCUGAAUGGUUGCGAAUGCUUGCAUCUACAGUUAUGCAUGUUGAUGAUAUGCAUCUGUAUUUUAAUAUGAUCUCAUUACUGUGGAAGGGUCGACGUUUGGAACCUUGGUUGGGUUCACGUCGUUUCCUAUUGCUUCUGGCAACAUUUGCCUUAGCAACGAGCAGUACUAUGGUUGGUUUAAGCUAUUUAGCCGAUGAAGUAUUCACUUUUAAUGGUGGAGGUUAUAUGAAUCAGUGCGCUGUUGGUUUUUCGGGUGUGCUUUUUGCCUUGAAAGUACUGCAUACAACACAUUUUCCUUAUUCGGAUCAUAAUUUAUUUGGGUGGCUUCCUAUACCAUCCCAGUUUGCCUGUUGGGCAGAGCUGAUUCUUUUACAGAUGUUAACUCCCAACGCAUCAUUUAUCGGUCACCUUUCGGGCAUCAUUGUUGGUUUAGCCUAUACGAUGGGUCCAUUGAAAACAGUUGUUGAUAUUCUAGAAAGCAUCAUUUCUCUUUUAUUUGGUAUUAUAUCGGGGUCACUUUUGCAGACGAGGGAUGGAACGUGGUCAAACUACAGAAAUUGGUUCAGUAAUUGGCGCUUUCAAGAUGGAAACGGCGCUGCCUAUGAAACGCCUCCGUACGGAUGGCGAAAUGAACAAAGACGUUUUAACGAAUAUACAGGUGGUAUGUCGGAAGAGGAGCAGAUAUGGAGAGCUACACAGAGAAGUUUGUAUGAAGAUGGUUGGCAUUCGUCCCUAUUCUAAACCUUCUUUAGUAUCGAUCUUGAUUAUCAUUUUUUAGAGCUUCACUCGAAGUUUUUAUUAUUCAUGUCUAGAAGUGAUGUAUGAAAUAAAGCAGAAAUGAUUAUGACUUCCAGAAAUGACUUUCAAAUUUUUAAAUGUAG